AUGGCGUCGCCACAAGUCUCGGCUAAGAGGCAGCAAGAUUUACAGGUGCAAUAUACCACUUACAAAAACACACUUCAGGCGCUUGCGCAGAAAAUCGGCGAUGUCGAGCAAGAGUCUGAGGAGCACAAACUCGUCCUUGACACCCUAGGGCCGCUUCCGGGGGACCGCAAAUGCUUCCGCAUGAUAAAUGGCGUACUAGUGGAGAGGACCGUCACGGAUGUGAUCCCGGCUCUCGAGACAAACGCAGAGGGCCUCAAGAACGUCCUCGAGGACCUGGUUAAGCAGUACAAGUCCAAGCAGGAGGAGCUUGAGAAGUGGAAGAAGAAGAACAACGUCCAAGUGGUUCAGUCAUAG